UGUCUGUGUGUGUGUGUGGGGUUCAGAAGGUAGGUGUGUGUGGGGUUCAGUAGGUAGGUGUGUUUGUAGGUGUGUGUGUGUCUGUGUGGGGUUCAGUAAAUGGGGUGUGUUUUGUGUGGAAUAACGUGCCUACGGAUGAACCUGUCACAAGACUUGGACAGCUAGGGCAAGCAUUUUGUAGUGUCUGUUAUUGUUUUUCAUUUAGACGUUCACACACACAAACACACACACGCGCUUUACGGACACGUUUAGCACUUCUGACACUAACCGAGCUACAUUUCUGACGCCGUGACCAGAGAGACUCUUCAAUUUAUCUGUUUAUUCAUCAAAUCCUGAUCACAACAGAGACAACAGUCUAAUACCGAUUUAAAGGUUACUUCAGCUGAACGUCUAAACUUACAGGAGCUCCAACACGCUUUAAUAAGUGGUUCCAAAGAGGGGAAAAUAGUAACACGCUGUUUUCAUAAACACCAGGAUCUGAAUAAACAAAUGUGCUCUAAGGUAAAUUGAAAACUGCUGCAUCCACUUCAUGUGCACUUUUUGAGGGACUUGAAGACCUGAGGUUUCUGUGACCUCCACCCUCUCUGAUGGAGCUGUGCCUGGCCUGCUUGCCACUUGUCACGCUGCUGACCCUCCUGAACUCUGAGGUCAAGCUGUCCCUUGCCCAAAAGGUUUACACAAACAAAUGGGCCGUCCAUGUCAAUGGAGGAGUGGAUGAAGCCAACCGCAUUGCCCAAAAGCACGGUUUCGUUAACCACGGCAAUAUAUUUGGAGAAUACUACCAUUUCCAGCAACACCGGGUGCUGAAAAGGUCUUUAUCUCCGCACAGAGGAACACACGUUCGCCUGCACAGAGAACCCCAGGUAAAAUGGGCAGAGCAGCAAGUGGUGAAACAGAGGAAGAAGAGGGACGUUUACUCCGAGCCAGUUGACCCCAAGUUUGCACAGCAGUGGUACCUGUACAAUGGCAACCAUCACGACCUCAAUGUGAAAGAAGUCUGGAAGCAGGGUAUUACAGGACGGGGUGUGGUGGUGUCCAUAUUGGAUGACGGAAUCGAGAAGAACCAUCCAGACCUUGAGAGUAAUUAUGAUCCUGAUGCCAGCUAUGAUGUGAAUGAUGGAGAUCCAGAUCCUCAGCCUCGAUAUACCCAGCUCAAUGAUAACCGACAUGGCACACGAUGUGCUGGAGAGGUAGCCGCUGUUGCCAACAAUGACAUCUGUGGUGUCGGUGUAGCCUACAAUGCCAAGAUUGGAGGUGUGCGGAUGUUGGAUGGAGAAGUGACUGAUGUAGUGGAGGCUCAAUCUCUCAGUCUCAACCCUCAGCAUAUAGACAUCUAUAGUGCUAGCUGGGGGCCUGAGGAUGAUGGCAAAACAGUGGAUGGCCCUGCUAAGCUGGCAAAAGAGGCUUUUUUACGAGGCGUAACUGAGGGUCGUGGUAAGCUGGGCUCCAUCUUUGUGUGGGCAUCCGGUAACGGUGGCCGGGAGAAAGACAGCUGCAACUGUGACGGCUACACCAACAGCAUCUACACGCUCUCAAUCAGCAGCAGUACACAGUACGGCAAUGUACCAUGGUACAGCGAGGCCUGCUCCUCCACCCUCGCCACCACCUAUAGCAGCGGCGGAGUCAAUGAGAAACAGAUUAUCACUACAGACCUGAGACAGAAAUGUACAGACUCUCACACAGGCACCUCAGCUUCAGCUCCUCUAGCAGCAGGCAUCAUAGCCCUUACCCUGGAAGCCAAUAAAAACCUGACAUGGAGGGACAUGCAGCACCUGGUUGUGAGGACUUCUAACCCAGCUCACCUGAUCACUAAUGACUGGAAGACCAAUGGCGUGGGGCGUUUAGUGAGCCACUCAUAUGGCUAUGGCCUGCUGGAUGCUGCAGCCCUCAUUGCCUUGGCCAAGAAUUGGACCAAUGUAGGCCCUCAGCAGAAGUGUGUCAUCUCUAUGGUGUCUGAGCCCAGGAACAUUGGGAGCCACCUUGUGAUCACAAAGAGUGUAGACGCAUGUUCAGGCAAGCCCAACUUUGUAAGUUCUCUCGAACAUGUCCAAGCCCAGCUCACAUUGUCCUACAAUCGUCGUGGAAACCUGGCAAUCUAUUUGAUCAGCCCACAGGGCACACGCUCGACUUUGCUCACCCAAAGACCUCAUGAUUAUUCCUCAGAAGGCUUCAAUGACUGGGCCUUUAUGACCACCCACUCAUGGGAUGAAGACCCUCGGGGCGAGUGGACUCUGGAAAUUGAGAAUGUAGCUGGAACCAGUGACUACGGCACUCUGACUCAGUUCAUGCUGGUGCUAUAUGGCACUGCCUCUGCAUCUGCUGACUUAUCUAUGGCAAACUCCAUCUCACUUCUGGAAGAUGGCUGUAAAACCUAUGACCUCAGUCAGAAUUGCACAGAGUGCAACCCUGGGUUCUACAUGUACAAGCACGGUUGUGUGCGUGAGUGCCCUGCAGGCUUCACGUCAGCCUCCGUAUCUGAGCUUUCCUCCUAUAAUGAAAUGGACGCUGUACUCCAUCCGACCUGCAAGCCCUGCCAUGUGCUCUGCCUUACCUGCAGUGGCACAGGGCCAAGAGACUGCCUUUCAUGUCCACCCCACAGCCACCUGGACCAACUCAGUGGCAUGUGUCAGCACCAAAACCAGAUUCAGCGUGAAUCCCCUGAUGCUAUUUUCCUAUCCCAUGGCAUUGCCUCUUCUGGUAUCCUGAAUCUACAGCUUUCGUCCAGUCUGCCUGCUACUGUGGCAGUGCUCUGCUGUGCCUUUAUUGCAGCCGCUUUUGUAGUUGUGUUUGGCCUGCUCCAGUUCCGCUCCUAUAGUCUCAGUAAAAUGUACAGUUCUGAAGCCAGUGUGGGCUCCAUAAUGCGUUCCAGCUUCGGCCUGGGCAUGUCACGCAAUGGCAUCAUUUCCUACAAAGGUAUCCCAAGCGUGUGGAAUGAAGACGGGUGCAACUCGGAGUCAGAGAACGAUGAGUUUGAUAUCCACAAUGAGAGAACUGCUUUCAUCAAAACACAAAGUGCUCUUUAACCCCCCCCCCCCCCCAACACACACACACACACACAAUUUUACUCUGUCCUCUCCUCAAUGUUCUUUCAUUUUCUUUCUGAAUUUAUGGUCUUUGGGCUUGUUUCCCUUUUCUUUCUUUGGGUUUGAUCUUGCUGUUUAUUUAUUCUCUAUUUUCCCCUUUGUGGUGAGCUGUAAUGUCAGGGCCACUCUGAACACACAUUUUCUUGCUCACCUGGUGUCAGUGCCUCUAAAAGAAAACCUCCGUGGCUGAGGUGCUGGAUAGUGAGACAUUUGAUUGUCCCAGGCGUGCCAGCAGAACUCUCCAAAAACACAAUAAACACAAUGAUUGUCAUUUAGUCUCUUACUCUUCUUUUCAGUCCCACUACAUGUUGCUGAAUGAGAUCUAAGAAAGAAAUUCUAUUAUAGUAUGUAUCAGAAGUGUCUAAUCUGAAUCUUAAUCCCAAAUGAAUCAUGUAAAUCUUAUUCUUAUGUGGUGGGGCCUUUUAAAGGACAGUGGAUUUUUUUUUUUUUUUUUUUUAAAUGUUCUCUUUGUUGUUAUUCAGGCUAGCAUGGACACACGGAUUCAUGACGCAGACCCCAAUCAUAGUUCUUCUACACAGACCUUCAUAUGCUGAGUUUUUCUUUUUCUUGAAGGCAGUUGACACUGCUGAACCUCAUGCUCUAUUCUUGACUUCCUGGAGUUUAUUUUGCAGUACUGUUCUGAAAUGAGCUCCAUUUGAGGCCUUGAGAGAAACUCUAGCAGGGCAAAGAAACCUGAAACCAAUGAACAAACCCUGAGAAGAGAUAAGGCAGUUUAACUUCCUUCCGAUGUUCGUUUCACUUGUAUUUAUAUUGUAUGUGGGCAUGGUGAGUUCUGUUCUGUAAGCGAGUGACUUUUUGCGAAUGAAACUACAAGGGCUCAAGCCAACACUUCAGUGCAGCUAUUGUGCGAGGCAGGGAAGUGGAUUAGAUCAUUCUACAUUAAUCUGGUUGGAGAAAUUAUUAAAUCGAACAUCAGGUUACUUCAAUUUGUCUUGAAUGAUGUGGCUACUUGAACCCAUAACUAAUUAUGGUUUUGAACAGACAUUGUUGGCAGGGUUUUAAGGUUUGUUUUGUUUUUAAUAAACAGAAAUUGCCUGAGAAUGUGUGGAAGACCGUUGGGUCAUGGAUGGAUCUUUGAGAUUUCACACCUGUUUUCUUAUUUAAUUUUUGUAGCAUUAAUAGUAGAUGCCAUUCUUACCAUCAGUCUUUUCAAAUGUCUUCUAGUAACAACAUGCUGACUAAGCGUGUAGUUUGGGUAGGUUUAAAUCCUGCUUCUUCCACAAGUCUGCAGUAGAUGAUUGUACCACAUUCAAUAAUAUCUGAAUUCGAUAUUAAGGCUACAUAGUUUUUUAAAUACACUUCACAUUUUAGGCUUUAGCAUAUUAAAUGGUCAUCACUUCAAAAGCAUUAUCAUCCCAUACCUGAAUAAUUAGUUUGUCACUUUUAUAUUUUUUCCCUCUGGGGUAUAAUGUCUGUAGUAAGUAUAGCGCAAUUGUUGAGAGCAAUAGGAUGUUCUUAAAGUUCUUAUAUACCCAAUAAAAUAUCUCUCUCUUUUUUUUCUUUUUUCUUUUUUUUUUUUGGGCAAAUAUUCUGUUAGGUAAUAUGACCUUCCACACUUUUAAAUCAUCAUUAACUAAAUCCUGCCUUGGAGAUAAUUUACUGAAAGAUUAAUAUCGUUUACUUUCUUUUCUCGGUAUUUCGUUACAUUACCUCCAGAUUUGUCAUUUGAUUUCUUUCACGUUUUCCAAAGUUAAUGUAAAUGACAUAUGUAUAUAUAUUUUUACAUUUUUUGUUUGUUUUCCUUUAUAUUUAAUUCAUCCUUUUCCUUUGCUUUGCAUUAGUCUGUUCUGUCCAACUUAAAUGAACAAAUAUACACAGAGCAUUUAUAGGAAUCAGAAUGUCAGAGUUCAACAAAAAAGGACCAGUAUGCAUUUAAGAAACACUAAUUUACAUUCAAUAUUUUAAGUGUUGGGGGGGGGGAUUUACACACAUCUAGAGCCAUGUCUGUAAAAGGACUUGACAUGACAUAAAGUGACUUAAGAUUUGUUUAGAAUUAUGUAAUGGGAUAUAAUGAAGUGCUGUAUCAGAGAUAGAGUUGGCUUCUUUGGCCAUUAUUAAUAGAGAUAAGAUUUUAUGGACCUCCUGCCUUCCUGAUUUGAUGGACAUUGUGUAUGCACACUAGCAAGUGACGGCUUUUUCUUAUUUUUUCUCUCUCUCUCUUUUUUUUUUUUUAAAGACCAUUCACAAAAGAUUACGCCUGGUGACAUUCAUUUAUGUAAAUUGGUUAUAAAAUGCUGAAAUGCCAAAAAUGAUUCCCCAGAUUCGCCUAUUCUUUAUUGUGUAUCUGCAUUUUGUUUUUAUGUUGUACAAAAAACAAUUGAUCCAUUGAACAUUAAAAUGCUUUUCUAAUGAAGGUCAUAUGAUAUACAUGUAUGUAUAUGUAUUGCACAGUUGUCUGAACCUUAAAAUAAUUUAUCCUCAAUAACUACAAACAGUAAUGUUGGCAGUCUCCACAGGUGACAAAUCUGAAGUGACCUCAGCAACCUGUUGCUUGCUAGUGUGAUGUUUAAUAUUAUUACCCUAGUGUAGCAAUGGUGAACUCGAAUGGAUGUAUCAUCUUAGGAUGAAGUCAGAAAUUAAACUAACAACUUGAUGUAUUCUUAUGGAGGUUUUCUUUUUAAACAGAAGCAUUUAGCACCCACAGAGUCCUGCAGGAUUAUUGGGUUUUGCAGUAGGCAUGACCAAAGACCAGGAGCCUGAAAUGUGCACGCAACAAAAGACCAUAAAACUGCAGGAUAAGACUCACUUGAUAGGGAAUAUUUUCAUUUUAGAUUUUAGGAUAGGUGUGAUCUUGCCAUGUUUCACAUAUUUCAGAGUCAGUAGUGUCUCUCACACAACCAAACACUUUUUACUACCAGGCACUUCUCCUUAGCCCAGCUUGAAUUGUCAGAAAUUCUUAUUGUUGAAAGACUUUAGUAUAUAUCUGAGACCGAACAACUACAUUAAUAUAAAAUAAGACCUAUUUUUGUGCAUUGUCUUAUUCAUGUAAUUUAAAGAUUUUUGCCUUUUUAUCAUUAUUUUUUUCUCCUUUUUAUUUAAUUGAUGUCAAUAUAUGAAUUAUAGAUUUAUGAAAAAUAAAGAUCUAUGCAAAGUUA